AGCCUCUACCUGAGCCAGAUUUCAUUCAGCCUCCAGUUAAUGUUCCUAUGUCUCCUCAAAGACCAAGGCUACAUUUUCCACAGCCUGAUUUUCAAAACUGGCCGAAUCCCUUCAAUGACAUGAAAAUGUUUCAGCCUAGAGGAUUCCAAAAUGACAGGCGUCCUUUUAACACAAGAGCUCAGCGUCGAUCAUUUGGUGACAGGGGUCGGCCUAUGCGUGAAAGAGGCAGAUUCUUUGGUCGAGGUUUUCCAUCUGGCAACAAUAGAGGUUUCUCACCUGGCAACAAUAGAGGUUUUUCACCUGGCAACAACAGGGGUUUCUCACCUGGCAACAACAGGGGUUUCCCAACUGACAACAACAGAGGUUUUCCACCUGGCAACAACAGAGGUUUCCCACCUGGCAACAAUAGAGGUUUCCUACCUGGCAACAAUAGAGGUUUCCCACCUGGCAACAAUAGAGGUUUCCUACCUGGCAACAACAGAGGUUUUUUUCAACGAGGUAGAGGUCGGGCAGAUAGUCAGACUCUUCAACAGUUCCCAGCUGCUGAUAAUAUAGACAGUGCAGUUGGGAAUCUGAUUGUGAUUCAGCCACAGCGCAAAGAUAUUGAGGACAAGAAGGACAGUCACUCAGUUCAUCUAAACAACAAUGAUGCUUCAAAACCAAAAUUACUGUUGCCACAGGAUAAAUACCAUACUUCCUCCUCUACCACUGCUGUUCAGGAGGUCAAACCAGCAGAGCCGACUCCCCCCAAGCCCAGAGACAAAUUCAGUCGUUACAAUGACAACGACAGUGAUAGUGAAGAAGAGGAAGAAGAUGACUGGAUGGACAGCCUUCUAGCAGAUGAUGAUGUCAAAGCUGACAAGAUUGCUGAAGGAGAAGCGGAACCCGACACUCAGGCUGAGGACCAGCAAGACAGCUCUGAGAAAGACCUUGAAGAAAGCUCAGAAGUCACCUUUGAAGUGGAAAUUCGAAAGCUGGAGUUCUCGGAUAAUGAGGAGGAGGAGAACAAGCCAAAGCAUAUUGAGUCCCCAUUUUCCCCAGUACGGAGGUCCGCCCUUUCACCAAAACGGAGGUCCCCAUUUUCCCCAGUACGGAGGUCCGCCCUUUCACCAAAACGGAGGUCCCCUCUUUCCCCAAAACGAAGAUCAUCCCUUUCACCGAAACGAAGAUCAUCCCUUUCACCAAAACGAAGGUCAUCCCUUUCACCAGAAAGGAGGUCUCCUCUUUAUUCAACUCGAAGAACUCCCCUUUCAUCAGAACGAAGACCCUCACUGUCACCGGUUCGAAAAUCUCAGCUUUCACCAAAACAGAGAUCUCCUCAUCUUCAGAUACGCAGGUCUCCCUUUUCUCUCCGACGGACGCCACCUUUGCCUCAAAGAUCUGGCUCACCAAGAUGGAGAUCACCAGCUCAAAGACCCCUUUCACCACAGUGGAAAUCAGGUUCACCACAUAAACCUCAUUCCCCUAGGCAGAGGUCAAUAUCGCCUCGAAGGCCUAAUGCUUCUAGACAGGCGUCUUUAUCCCCUAAGAAACAUUCUUCACCACUGUUGUCAUCAGCACAAAGGAGCCCAUUGCCUCCUAGGAAGAGAUCCAGGUCCCCAGUCAGGAAACAAAGUUCACCUUCCCAUACAUCAUCAGCGCACAGACGUGCUGGAUAUUUCAACCUUAGAGGCCCUAAUCAAGAGAGGCAAAGAUAUCAGGGCAGGGAUUUCAGAGCAUCCAGACAUCAUGACAAUACCAGGUUUGAUCAAGUUAGAUAUAAUCAGUCCAACAGGGGAAAGUAUUCACCUUCAGGUUCAUCUGUUGAUAGAGGCAACUUAGCUGGCCAUGACGGCAAGUACCAGCCCAGGAUUAGGGAUAGGCAGGAUAGAAAGAACAUUGAACUAGGUCAAGAUAACACUGGACCUGAGAGAUCUUCACAGCAGCAAGAUAAACAACCUUUAAUGAAAGAGAUCAGAGUAAAGGAAUCUCCCUUGCCUCAAAUAGACCUAGACAAGCUUACGCCUGAAGAAAGAGCUAAAAUAGAAGCAAGACGGAAAAAGUUUAGCAGUUCUGAAGUUAAAAUUGAUCCUGCGAAAAAAGUUUCCUUGAAAAGUAUAAAGGAGCGCACUAAAAAACGUAAAAAGUCACAGCAGGAAUCCUCCGGGACGGCUUCUGAAAGUCAGAAUCAAGAGUCGGUGGAAAAUAAAAGUGUAAAGGUAAAUAAACAUAACAUUCCUAGGCAGGAAGCAGAAUCCAGUUCUGGCGUAGAUGACCAGAAAUAUGCAUUAUUAGAAGAAGACAGUGAGAAUUCGGACACUGGCAGAAACUGGAAGUCUGAAGGCAGCAGCAAGACUAAGCAUGGGCACAAAUUACAAGUACCUGGCAGGUUACACAUCAGCCUAGAUGACACCUCUGCAUCAGCAGCCAAAAGAGAACGAAAAAAUGGCAGUUACAGCAGACACCAUAAAGUGAGGGGAUUUCCUGAAAGAGUGAGAGAAAAACUUCCGUAUCCUAGAGCAGCCCAUUUUCAACAUAGAAAUGAUUUUGUAUCAGAUGAUGAUGCUAGCGACGAGACAGUUGGCCAGAAUACACUAGCAAGCAGCAUUGUGGCAAAGAAACCCUUCAAACCUGACAUACCUCCAGAGAAACUACGCAUUGAAGUCAAGGUGGCAUCCAAGGAGAAGAAGUCGAAGAAAGCAAAAGUGAAAGCAGACUUUUCUCAGGUCUACUCUGUGCCAGCAAAACGCCGUCGAGAGACUGACACCAAAGCUGUAGAGGAGGAACCUGAAGUACCAAUUAAAAAAUCAAAGAAAAAGAAGAAAGAUAAGAAAAGUAAGCAUAAACUGGCAUUAUCUGAACCCGAAGAAGAUGCAGAUGCAGCUGACAACACUGAAGAUCUGGAGCCAGAAGUGGAAGCAGCAGCACCGGUGCCUCGACUUUCUGUGUUGGAACGCCUUGGAAAGAAAGUCCCCUUCCAACUUCCUAAGGAGAAGGAGAAAAGGAAAAAGAAAAAGAAGAAAAGUCAUACUGAUGAAGAGCCUACAGAACUUGAUGUAAAGAUUCAAAAGAUCAAGGAAAAGAAUGCAGCCAUCGCCAGACGACAGCAGGAGAUUGAGAUGGACAAGAAAAGGUAUGGAUGA